AUGGCGGCGUUGCAGGAGAAGAAGUCGUGCAGCCAGAGGAUGGAGGAAUUCCAGCGCUACUGCUGGAACCCGGACACGGGGCAGAUGCUGGGCCGGACCCUGUCCCGGUGGGUGUGGAUCAGCCUCUAUUACGUGGCCUUCUACGUGGUGAUGACCGGACUCUUUGCUCUGUGCAUCUACUCGCUGAUGUGCACGCUCGACCCGUACACGCCUGACUACCAAGACCAGCUGAAGUCACCAGGGGUGACCUUGAGGCCAGACGUCUACGGGGAUGAAGGCCUGGACAUUUCCUACAAUAUCUCUGACAACGGGACCUGGACAGACCUAGUGCACACCCUCCACGAUUUCCUGGAAGGCUACUCACCAGCGGCCCAGGAGGACAACAUCAACUGCACCUCCGACAAGGUGUUCAUCCAAGAAAGCUUCGGGGCUCCGAAUCACACCAAGUUCUCCUGCAAGUUCACCACAGACAUGCUGCAAAACUGCUCAGGCCUGGAGGACCCCAACUUCGGCUUUGAGGAAGGAAAGCCGUGUUUCAUUAUUAAGAUGAACAGG